AUGGGCGCUGAGCCAGCCUUGGACACGGUCGUGUGGUUUCCCGUGAGAUCCAACUCAAAAUUUUUCCUUUCACUGCUGCCAAUUGAUGGAGGAAAGCUACAGCAGGAGGAUCCAACCGCUGCUAUAGAAAAGAGGAGGGAAGUCGUAAUCCGAGGCCUAAUUGAAUACAUGGGGGAGAAGCCAGGAGACUUGAUUUCAGAUCUACAGAGUCUGGAGGAAACUGAAGACACUCGGCAGAAUAUCGCCUAUCCAGUGAAGAUUGUCAAAGUUGGUGACACAGUGUGUUCUCUGCAUUUUCACUCUGGUAAACCAGCAUAUGAGAUGUUGGAGAACCACCCUGACUGGACACCAUCCCUGUUACUCAAAGCCACAAACUGCAUUAGCCCCAGCAAUUUUCCUUUGAUGGAUCCCAGAGGUCCUCCACGGGGCCCAGACUGGAGGCCACCUCCUGGCUGGGGGCCUCACCCAGAGUGGGGCCCUCCCCCUGGAGGCUGGGGGCCCCAUGAACCUCCACAUGCUGGUUAUUGGGGGCCUCAUGGACCUCCACCAGACUGGGGCCCUGAACGACCUCCGGGGUGGAUUCCUGACCCUCAUGACUGGGACUGCAGGAGGGAGGAUGAGUGGCGCCGCUUUGGUGCACAUGGACCCCCAGAGCUUCCACUACAAGGAACCUGGGAGGAUGGAUCGCCAGGACCCUGGGAUAGACCUCAUGGGCCACCAGGACCCUGGGACAGACCUCCAGGACCAUGGGGUCCAGAGCCUCCUCCUAUGUGCCCCCCUCCUGGCGUGGCUCAUUCAGACAUGCUUCCUCCUCCAGUUCCGCCUCAUAUCGGGGUGCCACACCCAGGAAUUGCUCCUCCAGGAGUUCCUCCCAUGAGACCUCCUCUAGAUGUUCCCCCUCCAGGACUGCCUCCUCCAGGACUGCCUCCUCCAAUAGGAAUGCCUCCUCCAGACAUCCCCCCACACUAUGGCUUCCCAGGUGUUCCCCCAGGCCCCUGGAGUGGUGUGGGUGCUCCAGAGGCUGAUGCAGAAAAGCCAAUUUGGCUCAAAGCUCUUCUUUCCGCUCCCACUGGGUUUGACUCAAAGCCGGCUGAAGAAACCACUGUCCCCAAGACUCCCACUCCAGAAACAGAACCAGUGACCAAAGCACCCAAAAAGGUCCACAAGUUCAUAGGCCUGUUGGAAAAACGCCCUGUUAUUCAACCUCUCCCUGGCCGCUCCUUGGGAACAUUGUGUUACAUCGGGCCGGUGUAUGGACAGAUUCAGAGGGAUGACAAGAUGAAGUUCACCUUCCAACGUUCGUCAUAUUUGGGAGGCAACAAAGCCCUGACUGAAGGGGUUACCGUUCACUUCACUGCUGUUAUGGAUGAGAACAAGCAAAUUGCGACUGACAUCAAAGUGCCUCCUGGGGGCACGGAAGUUGUGGACCCGGAGAUCUUUGAAGCCGUGGUGAGUCAGCCAAUCAAGGAGGCCCAGGGCAGCGAUCGCCAGAGCUGCGGUCAGGUCAAUGUCACCCUCGGCAAUCUCCUGACCAACCUGUCCUUCGAAAAGAAGGACUCCAGGGUCACGCUGGUUAAGGACGACCGCGUCCUCAUAAACAUCCUCACUGACCUUGUUACUUCUAAACGGAGAGCCACCAACAUCCGGCUCAAGAUCCCAGAGACGUUCACCCACACGGGGGAGACACGAGAGAAGGGAAAGAUCCUGACUAUCAAAGAUAAAACCGGUACCAUCAAGUGCGAAUCUCACGACGAGCUCAUUUUUGACAUCACAGAAAACUUGAGUGAAACAGGUUUUACAGAAGAAGACGUCAACGAAGAAGUAGAGUUCACGGUCAUCAAGCGCAGCGAGGGAGAACGUGCAAUCCGGAUCCGCAGAGUGAGCGAGCCUCUCCUCUUCACUCUGACGUCACUGGCGGAAGAAGAGGCCGAGGAGGAGGAGGACCAGCAGCAGCAGCUGGAAGACCUGAGUGACAAACCUCUGCAGAUGAUCGCGGACAUCCCCCUCUCCAACUUCAAACUGGAUGCGGAGCUGUACGAGGGCGUGGUGAGCCAGCCCAUCAUCGAGCCCACGCACUUGAAGCCUGGAUAUCCGGGUCAGAUCCACGCCAUGAUCGGAGUGUGCAAAACCAACGUGACGUUCAACCACCGAGACUGCGGAGUGACGCUGCUGAAGUACGACCAGGUGCUCCUCAACCUUCUCAUUAACACCACCAACCGGAAGAGGAGAGCCGCCAACAUCAAGCCCAAGAUUCCAUUCACCUUCACCCACACGAAAGAGAAGAGAGAGAUGGGAGUCAUGAAAUCCCUGAAUGCUUUGGAGGGCGUCCUGACAACAGAGGAGCACGGAGACCUCCUGUUCGACAAGAGGGAGAACUUCAGCGACACAGAGUUCAACGACGAUGACCUCAACACAGAGGUUGAGUUCACAAUGAUUGAGGUAAAAUCAAAGAAGCGGGCGAUCCGACUCAGCAGAACCAACCGCAUCUCGUAUGUGAUGGAGCUGAAGAAGCGACAGGAGCAGGAGGAGCUGCGGCGGCAGAAGGAGGAGAAGAGGAAAGCGGAGGAGGAAAGCCGUUUGGAGGCUGAGAGGAGGAAGAAGGAGGAGGUCGCUGCGGCACUGGCGGCCGCUCGAGACAAGAUGACUCCUAUUGGAUUCAUGAUGCGCGGCGUGGAUCCAGACGAGUCCAUCAGUAAAGACCGCUUCAACGGCACCGUCCUGAAAGUCAUCAGAGACGCCCCAAAAGAGGUCAAGACUGAGCCAGAGGAACCGGGGACAGAACCAAAGCCAGAACCAGAGCCAGCCCAGAACGGGGAGCCUAAGACUCCUGAGGUAAAAGUCAAAGUGGAGAAGGAGGAUCCAGAGGAGUCAAAAGAGGCCCCAAAAGAGGAGCCCAAAGAGGAGCUUAUUGACAAACCGAAAGAUGAAACAAAGGCGGAGGAGGUAAAACAGGAUAAAGAGAAGAAAGACGUGAUAGGUCCAGAAACGGGGCUGCUGGUGAUGACGGUCGAUGGACAGAUGAAGAACCUCACAUUCACACGCUCAGACCUUCUGACACGGGCCACCAUGCUGGUCGGAGACAAGGUACGCUUCAACAUCGCCACUCGACAAAAAAGCGCCCAGGAGCGAGCGGCCUACGUGGAGAUCCUCCCUGACUCGUUUGAGGAGUCUGCGGAAGAACGACAUAACGGCAUCGUGAUCGAGUUUGACGAACACGUGGGGCUGAUCAAGUGUAACCAGAACCCAAACUUGCUCUUCCGCCAGACGGAGGUCAUCGAGAAGAAGAGUCUGGAGCUAAACGAGAAAGUGGAGUUCAGCAUCAAUAUAACAACUGAAGGCGUGGAGCAGGCCAUCCGUAUUAAACGUUACACUGAAAGCAUGUUUCUGCCUGUGAAGAAACUGUCCGGAGUCGGUGGAUCCAAGAACAAGCCAAUGACCAUCAAGCUGUCCAUGCAGUCAGAGGAAGAAAGGAAGAAGGCAGAGGCACAAAAGCUAAAGGCUGUUGUAAAGAAUCUAAGAACACAGGACAAGGGCUCCAGCAAGGAAAAGAGUCCUGAGAAAGACCGGUAUGGACGUGUCGUAGUGAAGCCCCGUUACAACAAAGACCAGGCCAAGAAACGCUCAAAGAGCCGGAGCAGGAGCAGGGAUAGAUCCAAAAAGCGCUCCCGCAGCAGAGAGCGCUCAAAGAGACGUAGCUCAAGCUCCAGCAAGAGUCGCAGCCGCAGCAGAGAGAGAAGUCGGGAAAAGGGCAAAGGCCAGAGCAGAGAGCGUUCCAGAAGAAGAAGCCGAGACAGGAAUGAGCACAGGCGACGACGCGAGGCAAGUCCAAGAUCACGACGCGAGGCAAGUCCAAGAUCACGACGCGAGGCAAGUCCAAGAUCACGACGCGAGGCAAGUCCAAGACCACGACGCGAGGCAAGUCCAAGACCACCGCGCCACGUAGACGAUGAGUUGGCUCGGAAAAAGCGUGAACUUGAGGAGCUAAAUGAGAUGAUUGCAUACAAGAAGGCUAUGGCCGACCCUCGAGUCAUUGACCCCCGCGGCCUGGAUCCUCGAGGCCUUGAUCCACGGGGCCUUGAUCCACGAGGCCUUGACCCCCGUGGCCUUGAUCCACGAGACCUUGAUCCUCGUGGCCAUGAUCCUCGAGUUUUGGACCUCCACCGUCCAGAUCCCAGAGACAUGGGCCCCCGCAGUCUGAAUCAAGGCGGAAAGACCUGCUUCGACUAUGACCAUGGCAGAACUGUACCAGUGAAAGAGUUCCAGCCGCCCCCUCCAAGACCUUAUGGAGACCCGCACUAUGACAGGGAUCACGAUAUGUACAGAGAUCGGCGCUACGGAGAUCCUUAUCUAGACAGGUACAAUGAUCCAUACUAUGAUCGCCCCCCGUACGGACCACCAUCCUUUGAAGAAAGACCAUACCCCGAGCCUUCCAGACGCUACACUGACCCCUACAACGUUUACGAUGCACCGCCAGAGAGUCGUUAUCGUGAUCCAAAUUACCCACCACCGCCAGAUCCUGCAUACCCGAGGGAUCCCUACAGCAGACCACCUUUGAACCGUAGUCCCCCGCCGCAGGAGAUUGUCACCUCCUCUGGUCCUCCCUUCAGACCCCCAUCUCCAGAGGAGUCUCCACCAAAAAGCCCUCGUAAACUGCAGUCUCCCCCACCUGCAGUUGAGAAACCUCCAGUUGAGAAACCUCCAUUGGCUCGAUUCCUUGACAUGCUUCACAAGAAACAGAAUACUCCAGACAGAUUUAUCAGCAAGCCUCAAGAUGACCUUCUUCCUCAUGAGCGGGCGCUAAAAGAAGGCGCCACUGGCUUCUCUCAGAUUGUUGGAUUGGCCUCAUCAAAACUCACCCAACCAAUCAAAAGCACUUCACCACCACAACCCAUCAAACCAACUGCAGAGCCCGAGAAGGCCGAACCCUACGACAAAAUCCAAAGCCUUUUACGAACAAUAGGGGUAAAAUUUUCUCCAGAUGACAUGACUAAACUCAGAGCACAAGCUGGAAUAAUCCCCUCUGGUUCCAAGGAGAGCUCUUUGGAGCGAGAUACACGCCACGCAAGCUCUAGCAGAACAGGUUCUAUGGAUCAUCUUCACUCUCCUUCUCCAGCCAGAGCUGCGAGUUUAGAACCAGCACGAAAGCCGGCCAAUGAAUACGAGAGCUUCCUGGACCAGCAGGAGUUGGAGGCUCUGCAGAAAGCACAACAGAUGCAAAGUCUCACUCGCACCAUAAGCGAAGGAACUCCUCCUCCGAAACCUCCUCCAGGUCCUCCUCCGGCCCAGUUUCAGCGACCCCCGGUGCCAGACAGCUGGGAUGUCCAGGCCUCUCAAUCUCCAUCCAACCCCAACAGCCAGGCGUCUUCAGGGGAUGGUGCCUCCAAAAUGUCUCAUGCAGCCACCCCCGGAGCCCCACUUAAACGUGCUGCGUCCCAAGGCCCCCCAGGACCCCCUCCAGGGCCUCCACCCAAACGGCCCUAUGGACAGGCCCCUCUCAUCUCUGUCCUGACGUUACUUGCUCAGGGAGGCCAGGGAGCCGCUGGUCCACAGGCUCCGCAGGCUCCCAUCUCCUCCACUGUAGCUCGCUGCCUCCAAGUCAUCGAGACCGUCAAGACCUUGGCCCAGCCGGCCGCCAAGCCCGCCAAGUUUGUGCAGUUCAAUUUACCGUCCGAGUCCACCCCCCAGGCCACGAUGGAAAGUGAGGAAGACAUCAAGAACGCACAGCAGGAGAAGUUGGAUCUCUACAAUCAGCGAUUCCUGGAGAAGCGGGAGCUGAGAAAGAAGAAGUAUAUCGAGUCGCGAGCCACAAAGGGCAAGGGUGCAAUUGCUGUGGCCCCAGCAAAGCCCCUGACCGUGGAGCAGAGAAACGUGUGGAUCUGUGGACACUCGUUGAUUUACUGGGCCGAGUCCCGGGCCAAGUCCCCUGAGGUGGGCAUGCAGCUGGGCAUGGACCCCAGCCGUGUCAGCCUGUGGUGGAGGGGCACUCAGGGCAUGACCUGGUCCCAGCUCCUGCCACAGCUGCAUCAGCUGAAGGUUCUGUGGCCCAACCCCGACGUGCUCAUUGUCCACCUGGGCGGUAACGACCUGAACGACAGCCCCACUGACCUGUUGACCGCGGUGCGUAGAGAUUUGUCUUCCAUCAGGAGCAUUUUCCCGCGCUGUCUCCUGGUUUGGUCGCACAUCUUGCCGCGUCGCGUCUGGCGGCAUUCGUCCGACAGUCACGAGGUGGAUCUGGUGCGCUCCACUGUGAACCGCCGCAUUCACAGUGUGAUCUCUGAGCUCGGGGGCGUGUCCUUGGCGCACGAUAACAUCCGGUGUGGCGCGAACACCGGACUUUACCGCGUUGAUGGCGUUCACCUUAGCCCCAAAGGAAUCGACGUGUUCAACCUCAACCUACAGGACCUGCUGGAGAAGUGGGACCAGGAGGUCAACAAGCCCCAGUAG